AUGAGUUAUUACGGCAGCAGCUAUCAUGUGGUAGACAUAGACCAGAAAUACCCAGGCUAUCCCCCAGAGCACAUCGUUGCCCAGAAGAGGAGGGUGCGGAGACGACUACUUCACAAAGAUGGAAGCUGCAAUGUGUAUUUCAAGCAUAUUUUUGGGGAAUGGGGGAGUUACGUGGUCGACAUUUUCACCACUCUGGUGGACACCAAAUGGCGCCAUAUGUUCGUGAUAUUUUCCUUGUCUUACAUUCUCUCCUGGUUGAUAUUCGGCUCCAUCUUUUGGCUGAUAGCAUUUCAUCAUGGCGAUCUGCUAAACGAUCCCGACAUCACGCCUUGUGUUGACAACGUCCACUCCUUCACGGCAGCGUUUUUAUUCUCCCUUGAGACCCAGACCACCAUCGGGUACGGAUACCGUUGUGUCACCGAGGAAUGCUCUGUGGCCGUGCUCAUGGUGAUCCUGCAGUCCAUCCUGAGUUGCAUCAUAAACACCUUCAUCAUCGGAGCUGCCUUGGCCAAGAUGGCAACUGCUCGGAAGCGAGCCCAGACCAUUCGUUUCAGUUACUUCGCGCUCAUAGGAAUGAGAGACGGCAAGCUGUGCCUCAUGUGGCGAAUCGGUGAUUUCCGGCCAAACCAUGUGGUAGAAGGGACGGUGAGAGCCCAACUUCUCCGCUACACGGAAGACAGCGAAGGGAGGAUGACAAUGGCAUUUAAAGAUCUCAAGUUAGUCAAUGACCAGAUUAUCCUGGUCACGCCAGUCACUAUCGUUCAUGAAAUAGACCAGGAGAGUCCUCUGUAUGCCCUGGACCGUAAAGCAGUGGCCAAAGAUAACUUUGAGAUCUUAGUGACAUUUAUCUAUACCGGUGAUUCCACCGGCACAUCCCACCAGUCUAGAAGUUCCUAUGUCCCCCGAGAAAUCCUGUGGGGCCAUCGGUUUCAUGAUGUCCUGGAAGUUAAGAGGAAGUAUUACAAGGUCAACUGCCUACAGUUUGAGGGCAGUGUUGAAGUAUAUGCCCCUUUCUGCAGUGCCAAACAGUUGGACUGGAAAGACCAACAGCUCAGCAACAUGGCCAAAUCCCCUCCAGCCCGAGCAUCUUGCACAGCAGACACCAAGGUCCGACGAAGGUCAUUUAGCGCAGUGGCCAUUGUCAGCAGCUGUGAAAACCCAGACGAGAUCGCCACCUCUACCGCGGAUGAAUGUAAGGAACCACCUUAUCAGAAAGCUGUCCUGACUUUAAAUAGAAUCUCUGUAGAAUCCCAAAUGUAG